AUGGCCCCCCAGGUAUGGAUGCACCUGUUGCAAGUACCUGUGAUUGAGAACAUGGCCAAGGUCCAGGUGGUGGUUAGGGCUCAAACACCCAUUUUAAUUAAUAUAUUCUCUAUAUUUCAGGCUUUGGACGUGGACCGGAUGGUUCUUUACAAAAUGAAGAAAUCUGUGAAAGCAAUAAAUAUCUCUGGGCUGGCUCACGUGGAGAACGAAGAGCAGUACACCCAAGCUCUGGAGAAGUUCGGUGGCAACUGCGUGUGCAGAGAUGACCCGGAUUUGGGAAGUGCGUUCCUGAAGUUCUCCGUGUUUACAAAGGAGUUGACGGCGCUUUUCAAAAACCUGAUUCAGAAUAUGAACAACAUCAUCUCCUUCCCUUUGGACAGUUUGCUGAAGGGGGACCUAAAAGGAGUGAAAGGGGAUCUGAAAAAGCCUUUUGAUAAAGCUUGGAAGGACUAUGAAACAAAAAUAACCAAAAUAGAAAAGGAGAAGAAGGAACAUGCCAAGCUCCAUGGGAUGAUUCGUACUGAAAUAAGUGGGGCUGAAAUUGCUGAAGAGAUGGAAAAGGAGCGGCGGUUCUUCCAGCUGCAGAUGUGCGAGUAUCUGCUGAAGGUCAAUGAAAUUAAGAUUAAAAAGGGAGUGGAUUUACUUCAGAAUCUGAUCAAAUAUUUUCAUGCCCAAUGCAAUUUUUUUCAGGAUGGACUGAAAGCAGUUGAAAGCCUCAAACCUUCCAUUGAAACACUUUCAACAGAUCUGCACACAAUCAAACAGGCCCAGGAUGAAGAAAGAAGGCAGUUGAUACAGCUUCGAGACAUUUUGAAAUCAGCACUGCAAGUUGAACAGAAAGAGGAUUUACAGAUUCGCCAGAGUACAGCCUAUAGCUUACAUCAGCCUCAGGGAAACAAAGAACACGGAACCGAGCGGAACGGCAACCUCUAUAAGAAGAGUGAUGGGAUCCGAAAAGUGUGGCAGAAAAGGAAAUGUUCUGUUAAAAAUGGCUUUCUGACCAUCUCCCAUGGGACCGCUAACCGGCCUCCUGCAAAGCUCAACUUAUUAACCUGCCAAGUGAAGACUAACCCUGAGGAGAAAAAGUGCUUUGACCUUAUUUCACAUGACAGGACGUACCACUUUCAAGCGGAAGACGAACAGGAAUGUCAGAUAUGGAUGUCUGUGCUGCAAAACAGCAAAGAAGAAGCUUUAAACAAUGCAUUUAAGGGAGAUGACAAUACUGGAGAAAAUAACAUAGUCCAAGAACUGACCAAGGAGAUCAUCUCUGAAGUCCAGAGGAUGACGGGCAAUGACGUGUGUUGCGACUGCGGGGCACCAGAUCCUACAUGGCUGUCCACCAAUCUUGGCAUUCUGACCUGCAUUGAGUGUUCUGGAAUCCACCGAGAGCUGGGCGUUCACUACUCCAGGAUGCAGUCCCUGACGUUAGAUGUAUUGGGAACAUCUGAGCUGCUGCUUGCCAAGAAUAUUGGGAAUGCAGGCUUUAAUGAGAUCAUGGAGUGUUGCCUUCCAGCUGAGGACGCGGUCAAACCCAGCCCGGGUAGCGACAUGAAUGCAAGAAAGGACUACAUCACUGCCAAGUACAUUGAGAGGAAAUACGCAAGGAAAAAACAUGGGGAUAACGCAGCAAAACUCCACAGCCUUUGUGAGGCCGUCAAAACAAGAGAUAUUUUUGGAUUACUCCAAGCGUACGCUGAUGGUGUGGAUCUUACAGAGAAAAUCCCACUGGCCAAUGGACAUGAGCCAGAUGAAACUGCCCUCCAUCUUGCAGUCAGAUCCGUGGACCGGACUUCUCUCCACAUUGUAGACUUUUUAGUUCAGAACAGCGGGAACCUGGAUAAGCAGACAGGGAGAGGCAGCACAGCCCUGCACUACUGCUGCCUGACGGACAACGCCGAGUGCCUGAAGCUCCUGCUGCGGGGGAAGGCCUCCAUCGAGAUUGCUAAUGAGUCGGGAGAGACGCCACUGGACAUCGCCAAGCGCCUCCGGCAUGAGCACUGCGAGGAGCUGCUGACCCAGGCCUUAUCUGGAAGGUUUAAUUCUCACGUGCAUGUCGAGUAUGAAUGGCGAUUGCUCCAUGAAGACCUGGAUGAAAGUGAUGACGACAUGGAUGAGAAAUUGCAGCCCAGUCCCAGUCGGCGAGAAGACCGGCCCGUCAGCUUCUACCAGCUGGGAUCCAACCAGCUGCAGUCUAACGUGACGUCUUUGGCCAGAGACGCCGCCAGCCUGGCUAAGGACAAGCAGAGGAGCUUCGUGCCCAGCAUCUUGCAGAACGAGACGUACGGAGCCAUCCUGGGCAGCAGCCCGCCCCCCACCCAGCCUGCAGCCCCCGGCACUGCCAGCGCCCCCCCUCUCCCCCCGCGGAACAUUGCCAAAGUUCAGACAGCCUCCUCAGCUAACGCCCUGUGGAAGACAAACUCUGUAAGUGUGGACGGUGUAAGCAGGCAGCGAUCUUCGUCAGAUCCGCCAGCUGUCCACCCACCGCUGCCCCCUCUUCGCGUGACAUCUACCAAUCCCCUGGCUCCCACGCCGCCCCCUCCAGUAGCAAAGACGCCCAGUGUGAUAGAAGCCUUGAGCCAGCAGAGCAAGCCACCACAGCCUGGGGGCCCACUGAGCAAAGCGCAGCCUCCGCCCCUGCCGCCCCAGCCGCCCAGCCGCCUCCCUCAGAAGAGGCCUGCUCCGGGGGCUGACAAGUCAACCCCACUGAUCAACAAAGGCCAGCCGAGAGGACCUGCAGUGGAUGUUUCUGGAACAGAAGCUCUGGGUCCUCUGUCCAACGCCAUGGCCUUGCAGCCCCCAGCGCCCAUGCCCAGGAAGUCACAAACAACCAAGUUAAAGCCCAAGCGGGUCAAAGCCCUCUAUAACUGCGUGGCCGACAACCCAGACGAGCUGACCUUCUCUGAGGGGGAUGUGAUCAUCGUGGACGGGGAGGAGGACCAAGAGUGGUGGAUUGGCCACAUUGAUGGAGAUCCCAGUCGUAAAGGAGCAUUUCCCGUAUCAUUUGUGCACUUUAUUGCUGACUAAAUUGCUACUGAACACAAACACUUCUUUUAACAGUUGUUAUGUUCCAGUUUCAUUGUUGGUACCAAAACUCUUUCCAGAUAACCAGUUUCAUGAAUUGUACGGUAGCCCACUUUCUCUAACGCCACUGUUCUGUUUUAAAAACUCAAAGCCAUUUUAUAUCUAUAAAUGAAUUGUUUUUAUAAUUUGUGGUUUUCAUGAAACAUUGCUAUACUUUUAUUAGGAAAACUGAAUUUCCUAAAAGGUGAACUGAAAAGUUAUUUUAACUACAGAAUUAAGAUCCUGAAUCUACAGACUUAGCUGAACCUAAAAAUGCUGGAGAGAGAAAGAAAUUCUUCCUGCUUUCCUUGGCUCAUUUCUGAAGUCAGUGACCUUUAGCGCAAUUAUUGUUUUAGGAAGCCAGUAAACUGUUGCUUUAGAAGUCCAUAGCCAGCCAGGACUUUCUAGAUAAAAUGCAAUCAGUUCACCUUUAAAGACAUUUAAAAAAAAAUACUUUUAAAGAUUUCUUUUGAAAUCCACCCAAUGUUUAUUUAAAGCAACUUGGAAAUUUACACCUUAGUGCUGUACUUUCCAGCCCUAAUUUGUGAGGUUGCAACUAUCGUUGUAUCCUGCAUGUGCGUGUAAUCUGUCGUGAGCAAUCCUACCUAACAAAACUUCUGAUGGUUUAUUACGGCAUACAGUAAUAGCAGUUAAUUCAGUUCUCGGUUAUAUAAAACUGCAUUUCCUGAAUUUGGUUAAAAACUAAGGAUGAUGGAUUGCAAAACAGUUCUGUAAACUAGUUUAUAUGCUUUAGGUGUUUUGGAAUUUGCCUUCUUGAACUUCAUCACACAGGUAGAUACUGUGGCACAGACCCCACUAUGUUACCACAUACCUGCUGUUUCCUAUUGAGUGUACCACUGCCUUCCCUUUCUAGCUCAUGAGAAUGUUUACUCAGUUUAGUGUCUUGUAUUUAUAUAAUAUACCAACAGGAAUGGUAGUUACACUGUCUUGAAAUUUAAUCAGUCCAUUUGUUUGUAAUCAAGAGCAUAUUGGAAAUCUGUAGGUCCCAGGUAAUAAAUACUCCCCAACAUGCCAGUUUUACUAUUGAAGUCUAUCAUAUCAUUCUUAAACUUAAGCUGCUGGGGGCGGGGGGGAUUAGGUUGUAUCUGAUAAGAUCAAAAUUCAUUAGUUUAAUGAACUUGACUGUCAUACCUCUAUUUAGUAAUUGUGAGCAUAAGAUUCAUAGUAGGAAUAUUGGAAAUUUUGGCAUUCUUUGAGAAUAAAUAGGCAUAUAAUGCCCACUUGGAUGUUUACCAAAAGUAAAGGAAUAAAUUUAAAUAUAGGCUUGGAAAGCAAGGCGGUGAUGCUUUUAUUGCAUUUGUUAUGAUGGUACAUUUGAUUGAAGCAGCCUGUCUUUAUUAUGCAAGACACUUGUAAGUGCAGAGCUUUUUUUUUUGUUUUUUUAAUUGCAUUGUAUUUUUUGUUGCUAUUAUAAAGGAAGACAGAACAAACUGGAAUGUUUUAUGAUAUUAUAUGGCAGUUGCUUUUUGCCUUUCAAAGUUCUGGGUAAAAAUGUGUUAGAUCUGUAAUUAAAGUCUUUUUUUAAAGCACUACAUCUAUUUUCACUAAUUGUUAAUUUCUGUUGUUUGAACCCUUCAUUUAGUUAAUUCUCUCAUAGAUUUAAGGAAGUAAACAGAUAUAUUUUGCACAGUGCACUUCUUAUGUAUAUUUUAACACAAUCCUCCCACAUCUGUAUCUUAUAAUCGGCCUUUUGACUACUUGGUGCCAGCCUCAUAGGAUUUCAAGUUGAUUCAUAUCAACAUUUGAACGCCAGUCCCAAACUAAUCUAUCAGGUUCACUGGUACAUAAAUAUCUAGGAAAUAUUUUUCCAGUCUACAAUUUGGUGGUGCUAUUGUGCAGUAAUUAAUAUUACUCUUGCCAGAGGAGAAAUUAUAUUAAAGACCCUACUAAUAUCCUUUCCUAGUUAUUUGCUCUUUGCAAAUUUUAAACAAGCAACUGAGAGAAAGGAAAACAUUGUAGAUAUCUAUUUAUAUUUAAAGUUUAUGUUUCAUGAACUUAGCUGCAGGAUUCUGGCAUUUUGCAUGCCAUUUUCCAUCAGAUCUGACUUCUAGGGAUGAUGACUCAGAAAUAUGUGCACAGACUAAUAGUUACUGUGUGAUCUGUUAAGGGAUGGAUAACAUGAUAUGCAGCGUGGAAUGCUAUUUGAGAUGUAUGAUAUUCAAUUCAUUCACUUGAUUACUUGGGUCUAGUUGCAGCGCAACUGUAUAUAUUGUAUAACCUAAAUCAAUUCUUAUUUUCAUUGUCCUUAAUGCAGUGAUUUAUAAUUAGAGCAUGUUUAAGUUUACUCUUCUUGUUAACUAGUCAUUUGACUAGAAAAAAUAAAAUACUUUUAAAUGGA